UCAGGAGGGAGGUGUUAGCAGAAGACGCUCCCGGGCGCCGGGAGGAGUUUGCGCCGGCGGCGGCGGCCCCGCGGCCGCGGAGCUCUCGGAGAAAAUGAGUUUCGGGGUGAGCUGCUGAAUCAGAGGUGGACCUGCGGAGAGAAGAUCAGCAGCUGCGAGGGAGCCGCCAGCCUGCACGGCACACACAUCAAGAUGAGUUUAGAAAAUGACGAUAAGAGAGCACGCACGCGAUCCAAGUCUGUCAGAGUGCCCACGGAGCUCAUCGGCCAGGAGGUGAGCUGUCCAACCCCAGGCUGUAACGGCUCAGGACACAUCCGUGGGAAGUACGCGAGACACAGGAGUUUACAAAGCUGCCCUCUCGCAAAGAAGAGGAAACUUCAGGAUGCGGAGGCCGAACAUCUGGUGUCGAAGAGAAAAUCCCACCCGCUCAAACUGGCCUUGGAUGAAGGCUACAACGUCGACAGCGACGGCAGCGAGGAGGCCGAGGCGAAGGAGGAGUCUGGCUCCGAUGAGUCGGAGGGGAUGCUGGAGGAGGAUGAGGCGGAGGCGAUGGAGCAGGAGGAGACCCGCAGCCCCGAGCAGGCAGAAGGUAGGAGCCCAGCAAAAUCAACCCAUUAUGGACAAAACACAGUAUCAAGUACGUCUGGGCCCAGCAAGGCCAACUACAGCAGCUACCAAGAAAUAAUUGCCAACUCCCUCCUAAACCUGGGCCAAAUAGCAGAGGAAACCCUCGCCAUCGAGGGGCAGCUGCCCGAAGCAGAGCUGCAGGUCUCCAAGCCACCAUCUGACGUUGUGCAUUUGGUCCAUGAGGAUGCGGGAGAGGAGCUGGUGGAAGAGGAGUGCGACAAGGAGAUCAUCAUCCAGACAGAGGAUGCGGAGGAGGUCAUCGAGGUCACCAGCGAGCGCAGCAGCGAGUUGUGUCCAGAGCACAGGGAUGAUGCCACCUGUGAGGAGUCCUGUAAACUGGAGAAGGCUGAGGCAGAAGAAGAGGAUGAGGAGGAGGAGGAAGAGGAUGAUGAGGAGGAGGAAGAGGAGGAGGAGGAGGAUGAUGAGGAGGAAGAAGAGGAAGAAGACGAGGAUGAAGAGGAGGAGGAGAUGGCUCCUGAAGUGAUCUGCGAAGAAGCUCCUCACACUUCUCAGGACACCCAGAAAAGCCACUGUGAAGGGCAGUUCAGCCCGAAGCCCGAGUACUCGGUCAUCGUGGAGGUCCGGUCGGACGAUGACAAGGACGACGACGCCCGGUCCCAGAAAUCAGCCGUGACCGACGAGUCAGAGAUGUACGACAUGAUGACGAGGGGGAACCUGGGGCUGCUGGAACAAGCCAUCGCGCUGAAAGCCGAGCAGGUGAAAAUCGUGCGGGAGCCCAGCCGGCUGCCAGGGGAACACGUAAAGCACUUCCAGGUGGAUGACAAACAGAGCAAACCGCUGGACAGCAUCCGAAAGAGCUACUACGGCAAAGAUCCUUCGAGACCCGAGAAGCGAGAAAUCAAGUGUCCGACUCCUGGCUGUGACGGGACCGGCCACGUCACGGGGCUUUACCCUCAUCACCGCAGCCUCUCCGGCUGCCCGCACAAAGACAGGAUCCCCCCCGAGAUCUUGGCGAUGCACGAGAACGUGUUGAAAUGCCCCACCCCAGGCUGCACAGGACAGGGUCACGUCAACAGCAACCGCAACACGCACAGGAGUUUAUCUGGGUGCCCCAUUGCUGCUGCUGAAAAAUUAGCCAAAUCACAUGAAAAGCAACAAACCCAGUCUGGUGAUCCUUCAAAGACCAGCUCCAACUCUGACCGAAUACUCAGGCCUAUGUGCUUUGUGAAGCAACUGGAGAUCCCUCAUUACGGAAGCUACCGGCCCAACAUGGUCCCAGCAACCCCACGGGCCAACCUGGCCAAGGAGCUGGAGAAGUACUCCAAGGUCACCUUCGAUUAUGCAAGUUUUGAUGCUCAGGUUUUUGGCAAACGCAUGCUUGCCCCAAAGAUUCAGACUAGCGAAACCUCACCUAAAGCCUUUAAAUGCUUUGACUACUCCCACGACGCUGAGGCUGCGCACAUGGCUGCCACUGCCAUCCUCAACCUCUCCACACGCUGCUGGGAGAUGCCCGAGAAUCUCAGCACCAAGCAGCAAGAGGCCCCCGGCAAGUCCAUGGACAUUGAGGUGGAUGAAAAUGGGACUCUGGACUUGAGUAUGAACAAACACCGCAAACGGGAGAGCACCUUUCCCAGCAGCAGCAGCUGCAGCAGCAGUCCCAGCAUGAAGUCCCCAGAUGUGUCGCAGCGCCAAAACAGCACCAGUGCCACAAGCAGCACCAUGACCUCCCCCCAGUCCAGCCAGACCUCCCGCCAGGAUGAAUGGGAUGGGCCCAUUGACUACACUAAACCAAACCGUCAGCGGGAAGAGGAGCCGGAAGAGUCAGAACCUGCCGCUCACUCUUUUGCCUCCUCGGAAGCUGAUGAGCAAGAAGUGUCAGAGGAAAACUUUGAAGAGCGAAAAUACCCAGGGGAAGUUACUUUAACCAACUUCAAGCUGAAAUUCCUCUCCAAGGACAUCAAGAAAGAGCUGCUCACUUGCCCAACCCCAGGCUGUGACGGCAGCGGACACAUAACAGGAAACUAUGCCUCUCACCGCAGCCUUUCUGGUUGUCCUCUUGCUGACAAGAGCCUCAGAAACCUCAUGGCUGCCCACUCUGCUGACCUCAAGUGCCCUACUCCUGGUUGUGAUGGCUCUGGUCACAUAACAGGAAAUUAUGCAUCGCAUAGAAGUCUGUCAGGCUGCCCUCGUGCCAAGAAAAGUGGGAUCAAGAUCACCCCGACAAAGGAUGAUAAAGAAGACCCAGAGCUGAUGAAGUGUCCUGUUCCUGGCUGUGUUGGGCUCGGGCACAUCAGUGGCAAAUACGCCUCUCACCGGAGUGCGUCAGGGUGCCCUCUCGCAGCCCGCAGGCAGAAGGAAGGAUCACUCAAUGGCUCCUCGUUUUCCUGGAAGUCACUGAAGAAUGAAGGCCCAACCUGCCCUACCCCAGGCUGCGACGGUUCUGGCCAUGCCAACGGGAGCUUCCUCACUCACAGAAGUUUGUCAGGGUGUCCAAGAGCUACUUUUGCUGGGAAGAAAGGAAAACUCUCAGGGGAUGAAAUUCUCAACACAAAGUUCAAGACCAGCGACGUUCUGGAGAACGAUGAAGAGAUCAAGCAGCUGAACAAGGAGAUCAGUGAGCUGAACGAGUCCAACUCUGAGAUGGAAGCAGCCAUGGUGAAACUACAGUCACAGAUCUCCACCAUGGAGAAGAACCUGAAGAACAUCGAGGAGGAAAACAAAAUAAUAGAGGAGCAAAACGAAGCCCUGUUCCUGGAGCUCUCAGGGUUGAGCCAGGCUCUAAUCCAAAGUCUUGCCAAUAUCCGCCUUCCGCACAUGGAGCCAAUUAGUGAGCAGAACUUUGAUGCAUAUGUGAACACGUUGACAGACAUGUACACCAACCAGGAAUGCUACCAGAACCCGGAGAACAAGGACCUGCUGGAGAGCAUCAAGCAAGCCGUCAAGGGCAUCCAGGUUUAGUGCCGUGGGACGGACAUGAGCAAGCAAACAGACUGUAAGAUGGAACUUUCCCUCCAAGUAUUCAGGUUUACAAGUUAGAAAACUUGUUUAAUGAAUGAAAAAAAAA